GGUUGAGUUUUGGUUUGGGGACUUUUUUGCUUUCCUUUUAAGGGCAACAUAAGCAGCAUUUCAGGGGAUGGACAGGCGGCUUUCUUCUGCUGGCUGGCUGACAGCGCAGGUGCUGCUGGAGCAGCAGGCACUACAGAGCCAGUGUUCUCCAGUAAGCCCUCUGCCACUGUUCUUCGCUUGUUUCACCCUUGAGGAUGGCCUGCAUGGAGAGAUGAGGUCUUGCUCUGUGGCCCGGCGUGGAGUGCAGUGGUAUGAUGAUAGGUCAUUGCAGCCUCAAACUCCUGAGCUCAAGCAAUCCUCCUGCCUUAGCCUCCCAAGUUGUUGGAAUUACAGGUAUCAUUUCUUAAGGAAAAUGUUCAGGAUGGAAACCUAAAAUACCUUGAGCUUCUCUGGCAUCAGAGCACACAGCUGUUGCUAAGACCAUGGAGGAAUAUUGACUGUUCAAGGAACCACAAGAACGCAAAGAAGGAGGAACAAAUGGGGGAUGAUGAAAUAAACAGGCAGCAGGUAAAAUACGUAGAUCAUUUAAAGAACUUGGAGGUCUUCUAAAGGUUUUUAUCCUAAAAGAAAUAGUAAGCCAUGGAGAAGCUUAUGUAAAAAAGGGCAGGAUGCCACGGUCAGAUUUGCAUAUUUAAAGGACAUUUCUGGCCUCAUAGUGGAGAGAGAGGGGAUGGGGUGCAGGAGGAGGCCAGACAGGAGGUUUGUGCAGUACAGGGAAAGAUGAUUAUAAGUUGGAUGAAAGAUGGUGAUCAUGGAGAUGGGGAGAAGUAAUGGAUUUGAAAACUGGGAGGCAAAAUUAAUCAGACUUGAGCCAGGAGAUUCCAAAGAUGAUUCUCAACAAUGUCUUGGGACUUCUCUCUUUGUCAACAUUUAAUGGCUGGUAGACGAGAAUGAGCCCACAAAUAAAUUUAAGAUGAAGGAGGAAGGAAACCAGGAGAGUGUGAUCCACAGGCCAAAGGAAGAUUAAUUUCAAGAAUGUUUUGAAGUGUGUAAAUAAAAUGAAGUCUGAGAAACAUCCUUUGGAUUUAGCACUGUGGAGAUAAUUGGUAACUUUAGCAAGUAUUGUUUCAGUAAAACAAUAGAGGAAGGAGGCAAAAUUAAUUGGUUAAGAUGAAAGAGGUAAAGCAAUAUGGAUUACGACAGAAAUUUGGCUGGAAAAUGAAAAUGAGAUAAAUAUCUCUUUAAGUGUAAGGAAGAAUUUUUUUUUAACUAUAGCAACUUAAGGAUGUUUGAAUUUCUAGAAGAAGAUCCAGGAGAGAGGGAGAAAUUGAAUAUACUGCAGAGAGAGGCUUUCCCUUAUCUUGGCAUUCAUCAAUAUUCAUUGCUUCAUGAAAACUUUUCAUACUCUGGAAAAAUUCUGAGAGUAAGAAUUUGAGAACUUUGCAGCAAUAGCAAUAGCAGUUGGGAUUGUGCUGGGGUAGAAAAACCAUCAAGGAGAAGGAGUGACAGCUUUGAUAAUUGAAGGACCGAUUUAGAAUUCAAACACUCCAUUGUUUGCAACUGCAGCAGAGCUUGUGAUUAUGCUGAGUGGGGAUGUGACUUACAUAGACCAAUUUCAUAAAGUCUUUUAUUCCUUGGGGUCCCCGGAACAGUGCUACUGUAAGUGUCUGUGCCAGUUUCUGAAGCUUGACUUACUCCAUUGAAACCACAGGAAGAAUGUUAUUUGAUUUAUGAAAGGAGUUAGCCAGCCAUUCACCUAAUUUUGGAACAGUGACAGGAAUAGGAGGAAAGAAAAAGGAUAUUGAACCAGAACUGUACAACUUGCAAGUUAUCGAGAUGCUGAAGGAAGACAAAGAUUUUUUAAUAUUUAGAGUCAUAACUCAUUCAAAUAAAGUUAAGAAAUCAAUUUUCAGGACAAUACAAACUCACUAAUGCAGACAGACUUUAAGGGGUGGAUAUAUUUCAAAAAGUUUAAACUAUAGAAUAUAGGGAAAGCUAGGUUAGCUACUUUAAAUCCAUUCUGGAAUGAGAAAAAGAAAAAGAAUGGGUUUCUUUUAAGUACAUGAAAUUACUCUAUAAAGAAAGCAUUAGCAUUUCUAGUUAAUAAACUGGUAACUUAUUUGCAUAGAAAAAAGCAAUCACAAAAUGCUAAAUUUCUUACACACUUGGUUUCCUUCAUUCAGUUAAACAUGCUUUCUGCAGCUUCACCCAUAGUCAUUUGCAUAACAAACUUUAACAACAGAUAGGGGAGAGGAGCGAAGAUGGCUGAAUAGGAACAGCUCCGGUCUACAGCUACCAGCGUGAGUGACGCAGAAGACAGGUGAUUCCUGCAUUUCCAACUGAGGUACCGGGUUCAUCUCACUGGGGAGUGCCAGACAGUAGGUGCAGGACAGUGGGUGCAGUGCACCCUGUGUGAGCCGAAGCAGGGCGAGGCAUCGCCUCACCUGGGAAACGCAAGGGGUCAGGGAAUUCCCUUUCCUAGUCAAAGAAAGGGGUGACAGAUGGCACCUGGAAAAUUGGGUCACUCCCACCCUAAUACUGCACUUUUCCAAUGGGCUUAAAAAACGGCACACCAGGAGAUUAUAUCCUGCAUAUGGCUCGGAGGGUCCUAUGCCCACGAGUCUUGCUGAUUGCUAGCACAGCAGUCUGAGAUCAAACUGCAAGGCGGCAGUGAGGCUGGGGGAGGGGUGCCUGCCAUUACCGAGUUAGUUGUUUGAUUAGGUAAACAAAGCGGCUGGGAAGCUCGAACUGGGUGGAGCCCACCACAGCUCAAGGAGGCCUGCCUGCCUCUGUAGGCUCCACCUCUGGGGGCAGGGCACAGACAAACAAAAAGACGGCAGUAACCUCUGCAGACUUAAGUGUCCCUCUCUGACAGCUUUGAAGAGCGUAGUGGUUCUCCCAGCAUGCAGCUUGAGAUCUGAGAAUGGGCAGACUGCCUCCUCAAUGGGUCUCUGACCCCAGAGUAGCCUAACUGGGAGGCACCCCCCAGUAGGGGCGGACUGACACUUCACAUGGCUGGGUACUACUCUGAGACAAAACUUCCAGAGGAACGAUCAGGCAGCAGCAUUUGUGGUUCACCAAUAUCCACUGUUCUGCAGCCACCGCUGCUGAUACCCAGGCAAACAGGGUCUGGAGUGGACCUCUAGGAAACUCCAACAGACCUGCAGCUGAGCGUCCUGUCUGUUAGAAGGAAAACUAACAAACAGAAAGGACAUCCACACCAAAAACCCAUCUGAAUGUCACCAUCAUCAAAGACCAAAGGUAGAUGAAACCACAAAGAUGGGAAAAAAACAGAGCAGAAAAACUGGAAACUCUAAAAAUCAGAGCACCUCUCCUCCUCCAAAGGAAUGCAGCUCCUCACCAGCAAUGGAACAAAGCUGGACAGAGAAUGACUUUGAUGAGUUGAGAGAAGAAGGCUUCAGAUGAUCAAACUACUCCGAGCUACAGGAGGAAAUUCGAACCAAUGGCAAAGAAGUUAAAAGCUUUGAAAAAAAAUUAGAUGAAUGGAUAACUAGAAUAACCAAUGCAGAGAAGUCCUUAAAGGACCUGAUGGAGUUGAAAACCAAGGCACGAGAACUACGUGACGAAUGCAGAAGCCUCAGGAGCUGAUGCGAUCAACUGGAAGAAAGAGUAUCAGUGAUGGAAGACGAAA